GACCGCGUACGAUCUAUACUGGAUUACCCGCUAUUGUUUUGUUUGUGAGCGAAGUUACUGCUCAGUCUUCCUUUUUCAUUGGGUGUGUCCCCUUUGUUGAGCAGAGGAGAAAGCCGCUCUGUGGUCCUCACUAUCACCCACUCCCUCCAAAGGGGAGAGAAGUGACGCCCCAGCAGGCCUGGGAGUUCGCAGCAGACUGAAGGAAAGCCCUUCCCUCUUCCCCCACCAUGCCCGCUGCGGCUCCGAUCAUCAGCUCUGUGCAGAAGUUGGUGCUAUACGAGACCAGAGCUCGGUACUUUCUUGUUGGGAGCAAUCAUGCAGAAACGAAACACCGUGUUUUGAAAAUUGAUCGCACAGAACCGAAGGAUUUAGUUGUUAUUGAUGAUAGGCAUGUAUACACCCAGCAAGAAGUGAGAGAGCUGCUUGGCCGUUUAGAUUUGGGAAACAGGACGAAAAUUGGACAGAAGGGCACCUCUGGACUAUCACGAGCAGUCACUGCUUUUGGUAUAGUAGGUUUUGUCAGAUUUUUAGAAGGUUACUACAUUGUGCUAAUUACAAAAAGGAGAAAGAUGGCAGAUAUUGGAGGGCAUGCAAUAUAUAAAAUAGAAGAUACAAAUAUGAUCUAUAUUCCAAACGACUCUGUACGUAUGACUCAUCCUGAUGAAGCAAGAUAUCUUCGAAUUUUUCAGAAUGUGGAUCUGUCUAGUAAUUUUUAUUUCAGCUAUAGCUAUGAUUUAUCCCACUCUCUUCAAUAUAACCUUACUGUUCUAAGAGUUCCUCUUGAGAUACUUGGGACAGAAACAGCUCGAACUCGGCAGGAGAGUUUUGAUAUUUUUGAAGAUGAGGGUCUUGCUGCUCAGCAUGGAAAUGGUGUAUUUGGCAUUUGCAGUGAACCUUAUAGAAAAUAUGUGUGGAAUGGCAAGCUGCUGGAUAUAGUCAAAACCGCUGUUCAUCAUGACUGGCUGUUGUACGUCAUUCAUGGAUUUUGUGGGCAGUCAAAACUGCUCAUUUAUGGUCGUCCAGUGUAUGUCACUCUUAUAGCUAGAAGAUCAAGUAAAUUUGCUGGAACACGUUUUUUAAAACGAGGAGCGAAUUGUGAGGGAGAUGUAGCUAAUGAAGUAGAAACUGAACAAAUACUCUGUGAUGCUUCAGUGAUGUCGUUUUCAGCUGGGAGCUAUUCAUCUUAUGUCCAAGUACGAGGUUCUGUGCCUCUGUAUUGGUCUCAAGAUAUUUCAACUAUGAUGCCUAAACCACCAAUUACAUUGGACCAAGCAGAUCCAUUUGCACGUGUCGCUGCACUUCAUUUUGAUCAGAUGCUACAGAGGUUUGGUGCUCCCAUCAUAAUCUUGAAUCUCGUAAAGGAGCGUGAAAAAAGAAAGCAUGAAAGGAUAUUGAGUGAAGAACUUGUUACUGCUGUGACCUACCUCAAUCAAUUUUUACCUCCUGAACAUGCUAUUGUUUAUAUUCCUUGGGAUAUGGCCAAAUACACAAAGAGCAAACUAUGUAAUGUCCUUGAUAGGCUGAAUGUGAUAGCAGAGAAUGUGGUGAAGAAAACUGGAUUCUUUGUAAAUCGUCCUGAUUCCUAUUGCAGUGUCUUACGCCCAGAUGAAAAGUGGAAUGAGUUGGGAGGAUGUGUGAUCCUCACUGGCCGCUUACAGACUGGAGUUCUUCGAACCAAUUGUGUUGACUGCUUGGAUCGCACGAACACAGCCCAGUUUAUGGUUGGGAAGUGUGCUUUGGCCUAUCAGCUUUAUUCCUUAGGGUUGAUUGACAAACCCAACCUGCAGUUUGACACAGAUGCUGUUAGACUAUUUGAAGAACUAUAUGAGGAUCAUGGUGAUACACUUUCUCUUCAAUAUGGUGGUUCUCAACUUGUUCAUCGAGUAAAAACCUACAGAAAGAUAGCACCCUGGACCCAGCAUUCUAAAGAUAUUAUGCAAACUCUUUCAAGAUAUUACAGCAAUGCUUUUUCAGAUGCUGACAGGCAAGAUUCAAUUAAUCUGUUUCUGGGAGUAUUUCAGCCUGAAGAAGGGAAACCUCAUCUCUGGGAGCUACCUACUGAUUUUUAUUUGCAUCAAAAGGAUACAGUUAAUCUUGUCCGAGCACGACGAAGCUACACUUACUGGUGGACUCCAGGGGUAUUAAAACACUUGCCGCUGCCUUAUGAUGAAGUAACAUGUGCUGAAAACAGAAGGAAGCUAACAGUGAAAAAAUUUCAUAAAUUUGAUGAAGAAAUUGACAUUCAUAAUGAAUUUUUCCGACCCUAUGAACUCAGCAGUUUUGAUGACACCUUUUGCUUGGCAAUGACAAAUUCAAUACGGGAUUUUAUGCCCAAGAAUGUUGGCAUUGAUCCUAGCCCAUUUACUGUACGUAAACCUGAUGAAACUGGAAAAUCUGUGUUGGGGAACAAAAGCAAUAGAGAAGAAACAGUGCUGCAGCGUAAAACAGCUGCUAGUGCUCCUCCACCUCCUAGUGAGGAAGCAGUGUCAAGCAGCUCUGAGGAUGAUUCUGGGACUGAUAAAGAAGAUGAAGGAGCUGUGUCACAGCGAUCAACUCCAGUGAAGAUGACAGAUACAGGAGAGAAUGCCAAAAUAACAGAGAAUGUAGUGCAAUCCAUAAAAGAUGGAUAUGGGAUCAAUCUCUCAGAAUCUCCUUCAGAAGAUGAUCUCAGCAUAUACACAAGAUUUGUUCAGUUGGGACAGAGUCAACACAAGCAAGACAAGACUCAUCAACAGCUGUAUUCAAAACACUUAGAUGGGGUUAUAAAUUUAACGCACAUCUCAGCUUUUUCCCAAGACAACAUUUAUGAAGUCCAACCUCCUAAAGUUGACAGGAGAUCUAUUGAAAUCUUUCAUGCUCACAUCCAGGCUGGCAAGGGCAUCACGCAGCCCCUGGGAAAAGAAGACUUCCUCAUGUACCGAGAAUACAUUAGAAACAGAUAUAUGUGAAAAAUGUCUUUAUUCAGCUUUGUCCCAUAAAUUGUCUUGGAAGAGGUCACCAUGUGUGCCUGUCAAACAUAGAUUUUUUUGUCAUUUCUGAUGGCAAUAUCUAGAUAGCUGCAGUACUAAUUAGGAAUUCUCUUUUGUUGAGACAUGUGGAAGAGAAACAAAAAGAAAAAAAGUAUAUUUGGAAGAAAAACGGAUAUUGACAGGUUUUGUAAAUUGUUCAUAUAAAUUGUGCUGUUUAAUUAUAUAUAUAUAUAUAUAUAUAUAUAUAUAUAUAUAUAUAUAUGCUUUUCUUAAGGCACGAAAGUAUGGAGAAAUGCUGCCAGUGUAAUAUAGCCGGUGGGAACUUCUAGGAAUGUUAAGUAGUUUCAACAUGCAUGUUUUAAAUCAUUCUUGAACUUGUGAUGGUGUUAUUGGAGCAGAAUCACUUUAGUAUUGCUAAUAAAAGAAUCAGUGUCUAAAUUAGAAGACCAAGUUAUCCACAAAUAACAGUUCAAUCAAUGUAUCUGAAAGAAGAUAUUAGAUGCAUCCACUGAAGGUGGUCGUUGGGCAUGAUCAGUAGUUAAUUAUUUAUAUUGUGAUUUUUUUAACAGCAGAAAAGUAAUCUUUCUGAGAAUUUGAAACUGUAUUUGGGGUUUGUUCUCUGCUCCUCCUCUGGGCAGAAUCAUAGAAUCUAGAACUUCCUUAUUAGAACUGAAUUUCAUUAAAUUCUUAUUUGAUAAAAUAGAGAUGUAGUUUGCUGUUAGGUAAUAAAGAGAACAUGCUACAGAUGUGGAGUGCUGCAUUUAUAUAGUUUGGGUUGUAAUUCUCGAAUGGUAACUCUUUGUUACUAAGAAUUGCAAGGUGCAGUUAUGAUAGUGGAUGCCUGUUUGAAGAAGAACUCAGCUUUAUUCUGUAGCUAUCCUGCUCAUUGGCAUACAAUGGAUGUGUUGCCUCUGACAAACAUGUCUUGUUUUGACAUUCAGCUGUCAUAGCUCUUAGUCAAAUUGGUCUAAUCUCCAUCUGUGAAAGGUCUGCCUUUUGAGGAAAUUUUCUUUUACUAAAUAUAGUCUUUUAUUGUUGAGAAUCAGCUUGUCCUUAAAAGGCAAUCAUAAAAGAAAUCUUGGGACAUAGGAGAGCCAGGGUUGAAAAAAAGGUGAGGUAGGAGAGCCAGUCUCAGUGCCCCUAUCUGCACUGCAGCGAGUAGCUUCCUGUCUAAUGUCGAAUGAAAUCCAAGCCAGUAGUCAUAUGCUCAGUGACAAGUAAUCAGCCAGUCAGGUCUGUAGCCUUGUGUUCAGUGGCAGGCAGCUUCUUAAGCUAGGCUAACAGCAGAUGGUCAGCAGCAAACAUCUGGCACGGCAAGAUCUGGCCAUUUGCAGUACUUGCUUUAUACACAUUCCAUAUACCACUGCAUUUAUGACUUUUCAGACCACUAUAAAAUCCAAUUUGCUUAUUCUAAAGCUUGCACAUCUCACCCUCAUUCCAUUUUUAAGUUUUUUUAGUGUGUGUAAUAUUGCUUAAUGUGUAAAAAGCUACUGCUACUCAGCAAACAUUUUCUCUUUGUAGAGUGCAAGAAAUAAUAGGGUACUUACAAGGAGCACAGAUGUUCCAGUUCAUUCCUAUCUAAAAUCACAAUUUCUCUGUACUGCCACAUCUAGUUUCAGUAAACUUAAGACUCAAAUUCCAUUUGUAUGGCAGUGAUUAUCUAUUAAUGGAUGGAAAAAGAAACACUUGGCUGUACUGUAAUACACUAAUGUCCCUCUGUUUGUUGUAAAUGCCAUCUGAAACUUUAAAAUGUGAAUUAUGUCAUUCUAUAUGUGGUUUAUUUCUAGCAGCCAACCUUAAUGCAUUUCUUCUUUACAUUAAAUAUGUGUAAAUGUAGAUAAUUUAAUAUAUUUGCCAGUUCAAGAAAAA